CUCAUGAAUAUUGAGCGGCCCCUGUUGUAUUUCCCGAGCUCCAUUGCGGAAGCCGAGGCUCGCCAUAUUGUGCGGCGGCGGCGGCGGCGGCGGCGGCGGCGGCGGCGGUUGAUCCUCGAGUCUCGCUCCGGCCGCGGCCAGCGGAGCCCCGGGCUGGGGCAGGAGCCGCAAUGUCUCAAGCUGUGCAGACAAAUGGAACUCAACCAUUAAGCAAAACAUGGGAACUCAGUUUGUACGAGUUACAACGAACACCUCAGGAGGCAAUAACAGAUGGCUUGGAAAUUGUGGUUUCACCCAGAAGUCUACACAGUGAAUUAAUGUGCCCAAUUUGUUUGGAUAUGUUGAAGAACACCAUGACUACAAAGGAGUGUUUACAUCGGUUCUGUGCAGAUUGCAUUAUCACAGCCCUUAGAAGUGGCAACAAAGAAUGCCCUACCUGUAGGAAAAAAUUAGUUUCUAAAAGAUCACUGAGGCCAGACCCAAACUUUGAUGCACUCAUCAGCAAAAUUUACCCAAGUCGUGAUGAGUACGAAGCCCAUCAAGAGAGAGUGUUAGCCAGGAUCAACAAGCACAACAACCAGCAGGCGCUCAGCCACAGCAUUGAGGAAGGCCUGAAGAUACAGGCUAUGAACAGGUUACAGCGAGGCAAGAAGCAGCAGAUUGAAAAUGGCAGUGGAGCGGAGGACAAUGGGGACAGUUCCCACUGUAGUAACGCAUCCACACACAGCAACCAGGAAGCGGGGCCUAGUAACAAACGGACCAAAACCUCUGACGACUCUGGCCUUGAACUUGAUAAUAACAAUGCAACAGUGGCAAUUGAUCCAGUGAUGGAUGGUGCUAGUGAAAUUGAAUUAGUGUUCAGGCCCCAUCCAACACUUAUGGAAAAGGAUGACAGUGCACAGACAAGAUACAUAAAAACUUCAGGUAAUGCUACUGUUGAUCACUUAUCCAAGUAUCUGGCUGUGAGGUUAGCUUUAGAAGAACUUCGAAGCAAAGGAGAAUCCAACCAGAUGAACCUCGAUACAGCCAGUGAGAAGCAAUACACCAUUUACAUAGCGACAGCCAGUGGCCAGUUCACUGUAUUAAAUGGCUCUUUUUCUUUGGAAUUGGUCAGUGAGAAAUACUGGAAAGUGAACAAGCCCAUGGAACUUUAUUACGCACCCACCAAGGAGCACAAAUGAGCUUUGAAAAAUCAUUUCUGAGACUGAACUUUUUAUAGCCUAUUAUUUCUUUAAUGCUAAAGAUGCAUCAUCAUUACUUUCACGGACAGAUCUGGGAGAUGUUCAUUUUUCUUUCUGAGCCAGACUUGUUUACACUAUGAGGUUCAUUUUCCCUUAUUUAAGACUCUAGUAAUUCAGUACUCCCCUGCCCCUUAAUAGUAUAAAUAAGUUAUAUGCCACAGAAAGGGUAGUUCCUUUGGGGAGGACACUUGGACCUAGGAGGUUUUUGUGGUUUUGUGUUUUUUUUCCCCUUUUUUUUUUCCCUUCCAGUU